AUGGCUUUGCUGGCGUCUCAACAUCCCGUCUCAACAGCAAUCUCCUCAUCUUGUUUGGUAUUGCACAUCUACCCCACCAGCCAACUUAUCUUGAUCUCCUCGCACCAAGGGAAAAAAGAAAGAAAAGAGCAAAGAGAACCCUUUCCCGUUUUGCUCUUUGGACCUGUCCUUGUUACUUGGCUUGGACUUGAAGGAGGUGACCAGCCUCACCGGGCCAGACUCGGCCAGACUUCUCUACACCAAAGGCAUACUAACCAAAUCUACAUCUGCUAA